CAUUUCCGAUAUACCUCCGAUCCAACACAACACAAAACGUUUUACCCCCUCCCAACCCUCCGCAACAACAGCCAUCGCAGCAAAAGGCACCCACUCGUCACAACUUCAAUACAUACAAGGUAGUUAAGGAUUUGGAGGGAUGCGGCUUCACCAGAGGGCAAUCGGAAGCGAUAAUGAGAUCAUUGGAAGCGUUAUUGAAUAACGGUUCGAGAAUACGUUCGCUCAUGUUGUCGAAAGCAAGCCUUGAAAACGAAUCGUAUUUAUUUAAAGCAGCACUUUCGGAUUUUCGAACUGAAAUCCAAAUCAACCGCAAAAAGAAUAUGACCGAGAUGAAUUCUGAGAUCGUCGAGAUUCAAAGGGAGGUUUCCCACUUGAAACAGAAACUUCAAGAAGACAUCGCGACAAUGAAAAAUAGUGUACAAUUGGAUCUUAACACGAGGAAGGUGAACGUGAGGGAAGAACAAAAAAAGAUGGAGAUAAAUAUUCACGAGUUGAAUAACAAAAUCACCAUCGCAUGCGGAGAUAUCAGAACUGAGAUUGAAGCGAUAAAAUGGGAAACAACCAGAAUGGCUUUGAGUAUGUUCUCUGAUUCAGAUCAUUCCGUGAUGACUCUGAUGUGUCCACUAAAAAUAAUUUUAUUUUUAUAG